AUGCUCCCCUUUCUCCCCCACGGCUCCUACCUGCGAUCAUCCUCUCGCUUCCUCAACUGGUAUGGUUGUCCGCCCGUCUUCACUCGCGUCUUCCUCCGACGGAACUCCUCUCUUCCCUCCGACCAAUUCGCCCAACUAGCCAGCCGUCCAUCCGCUCAGCACCAGAUCUACCAAUCCUUCUCGACUGACCCGUACGUGAAUCUGUCGAUUGAGCAUUUUUUGCUAGAACAUUCACCACCGGACUCGAGCAUCCUCUUUCUCUAUGUCAACCGACCGUGCGUCGUGAUCGGCCGGAACCAAAAUCCAUGGCUUGAAACCAACCUUCAGGCAUUUCACAAUGACCAGGUGAAGCGCCAAGCAGAGAACCCCAGUGAUGAUGAUGGCGGUGGUGUGGAGUAUGUCCGGCGAAGAUCGGGAGGAGGCGCGGUUUAUCACGAUGAAGGCAAUCUGAACUACUGCGUCAUUUCACCCCGGACGACGUUUACGCGAAACAAGCAUGCGGAGAUGGUGGUGCGGGCACUACAUCGCGUUGGUGCCACCAAUACCUGCGUCAACGACCGCCACGAUAUUGUUAUGUCAGUAGGGGAGGCCCAACCGCGAAAGAUCUCGGGAUCAGCGUUUAAACUGACAAGACACCGCGCCCUUCACCACGGAACCUGCCUGCUAGAUAGCCCGAACGUCGAUAAAUUGGGGUUCUUCCUCCGGUCACCUGCACGGGACUAUAUCAAAGCCAAGGGAGUCGAAAGUGUGCGGUCGCCUGUAGCCAAUGUCUUCUCGACGUUAACCGACGCCUUGACGCCAUUCUCGAUCCAGGGCGUGAUUACUAGCAUCAUGGAAGAGUUUGCCCAACUAUACCAGGUCGAUCCGGAUGCCUUGCUUCGUGCGCAGCGGGCCCACGCGCAUGACCCGGAAUUGUAUGCAGGAGAGAGCUGGGUCGCAGGAGCUGUGGGAGAGCUCCAGGGCUAUGGAGAACCGGAAAUUAAGACCGGGAUAGCUGAGCUUAGGUCUUCGGAAUGGAAGUACACUCAAACGCCGCAGUUCACCUUUUCAACGUAUUCUAUCGAUGAUGAUCCUCGGGAGAGACCAUCCCUGCCGCCCUCUUUGCCGGAUUCGACCCGUGUAUUCCUUCGCCUGAAACAUGGCACUAUUAUCAAAAGCUCCAUUUCGACCUCGUCAGACGCAUCGGUAGCUGACCAACAGGCGAGUCGCGUACAUGAGGCUUUGAAUCACCGAGCCCUCCAUGAGAUCGACCAAUUGCAGUGGGAUGCGAUUCUGCAGGAACGCUUGGGUCCAGAAGUGAAGUCAAGCAGUAUACAAGAACUGUCGAAAUUUAUUGGGAGUAAACUAGGCUGUUCUUAA